AUGCCGUCCUUAUCGGAACAGCUACAGGAGGCGCGCAGUCAGGCAGAAGUUUGUCUCUAUUCUGGCGGAAGGGUGGUGGAAGUGCGGGCAGGUGUGAUGGUUAUGGCUAAUCUUCCUUUACCGCCGUGCUCCAAAUACCAUCACAUUGCUGCAGAAACCAUGGUGAUUGAAAACAGCUUUGGCAGCAACAGAAAAGAGACACUUGCAUCACUGCAGCGCUUAUCUACCGCUCUGAACAUCCUUGAAAAAUAUGGGUGUAACCUGACAAAUCCAAACAGACCUAAAUACUGGAGAACUGUCAAACACAACAAUCCAGUUUUCAGGGCCACUGUUGACGCUAUCCAGGGUGGAAGGGCAGUUCUUUGUCUCUAUGGUUACUCCAAUCAGCAGCCAGAUGGACUCAGCUUCCCUGAUGAUGUCACAGAUCCUGAUGUUGGCAAAGUUGCAGCAGUAACUCUGGAGGUGAUGAGCUUAAGGAUGGAGCUCGAAAUGCUUAUCAAGGAGACACAUCCACAUCCGGAAUUCUAUGAGAGAAUCAUUCCUACCUUAAGACAUAAGGAUGUGGGUCUGAACACAGAUGCCGUGGUCACCCAUCAGUCUUUCAUUUGUAGUAAACAUCCAUCGGACAGUCAAUCCAAGUCGCUCGCGUUUCCUCUCCACCAUUAUUCAGUGAAGGAGAGCAGCCAGGCACGUUCACUCUCCUCCAACCAUCAAAGUCUUAAACCCAUUCAGGGCUUGUUUCCACCCAUCAAGAAACAUUCAGAAAAUUGCACUAUUUGUGGCAUAUUUCGCAUCACUGUGCACUGUUUGACCUGCCUCCAAGGGAUGUGCUCAGAGUGUGACAGAUUGUACCAUUCGUACCCUGAAAGGGCCAAGCAUCGUCGAACUGCUGUCACAUCCUCCACUUCUUCCGCCCCAACUUCCAAAAGUGGGAAUUGUAAAAGUUCUUCCACCUGGCAUUGCCUUCACUGCGCAAAAGUUAACUCAUCCCAGAAUGUGCUUUGUGAGGGAUGUGAGUACCCUCGCUAUGAAUCACCCAGCUCUGCUGCAGAUGAAUCCCCACCAGCAACCAUCAUAGAGUGGCAGUGUAAGAGCUGUACUGUGGUCAAUGCAGCCAGCAGUAUUCUAUGUGAGGUGUGUGAAAGACCUCGUUUGGCUACACGACCCCCGGUGACCCCUUCACACCCUCCUGUCACCCCGCCCAGACCACCAGCCCCUGUACUGGGCAUGCCUGGGGACCCUGACAGCCAGUGGGUGUGCCAGUUCUGUACAUAUCUGAACUACUCACCUGCCACGGUGUGUGAGAUGUGUGACUUAGCCCGUCCAGAGCCUGCACCUCUGCCAUCAAAGCUCCGCCCUCCCUUCCCUGUCAGACGGGUCCCAGCUCUGCCAGUUAAACCUAAAGAACUGACUCAAGAAGAUCCAAACUCUUCUAGGCAGCGGCGAAUGAAGGAAGAUGGGCUGAAGCUCAUACAACUGAUUCGAGAUGGGGAGAAGAAUGGAAUCAGCCCAGAGGAGAUGUACACAUACAUGAAGGUCGCCAAAGAUACUAACAUCCUGCCUUGCAAAUGGUUAAAGUCAGAGCUGCCCAAGCAAUUGGACAAGAUCAGCAUGAUGUCAGCAAUCCUAUCCCAUCAGUUUGUACGUGACACAAGCACACACUCAUUGUUGACUCGUACACUCGGUGAAGCUCCCGCAGAGGAUUCUAGAAAAGUGCAUGAUAAUGUAAAAGAAAAAGUUUCAAUUCAACUCUCCAGAGCAGAAGCCAAGCAGGCCUGGCUGACAGCAGGCGGCGAUUCUGAGAGGGCAGCCAGACAAGCUCUGCGAGACAGACUCGCAAAAGUAAAGAUGCUGUGCUCGUUGGGUUUUAGUAAUAAGGCUCAUUGCCAUGAGGUUCUGAGACAAAGUGGAGGUGAGGUUAGAGGCGCACUAGCUUUUCUGCAGCGUCCCCUUCUGGAACCCUUCCAUAAACGUAUUUGGAGUGACGAGCCUGAGCCAGCGGUUGACAUCAAUCACCCUGACAAGGAGCGAACAUGUCGGAGGUUAUUAGCGGUAUAUGAUCUACCCAGCUGGGGCCGCUGUGAGCUGGCGCUCUCUCUCCUUCAGGAGCACAAUGCCCCCUACUCCCUGGAGGAUGUAGUACAGGCUGUACGCGAGUCUCACGACAGGGAGUUCAUCAAAAGAGUGCUGGCCAAAGAAUGUCCCAUCUGCCUUUCUGUCUUUCCACAUAGCAAGAUGCAGUCCCUGACUUCGUGCCAGUGUUCCGUGUGUUGUGGUUGUUUCCAGCAGCAUUUCACCAUCGCUGUCAGGGACAAGCAUAUCAGAGACAUGGUGUGUCCAGUCUGCUGGGAGCCUGACAUCAAUGAUCCGGAAGACCUUAACAGCUACUUCUCAACCUUGGACAUCCAGUUGAGAGAAUGUCUGGAACCUGAAGUAUAUGAACUCUUCCAUAAGAAGCUGACUGAGCAAGCCCUCAUCAAGGAUCCAAAGUUCCUGUGGUGCUGUCAUUGUUCUUAUGGGUUUAUCUAUGAUGGAGACCAGCCUAAAGUCACCUGUUUUCAGUGUCGAAACAGUUUUUGUGCUCAGUGCAAAAAGCCUUGGGAAUCUCAGCAUGCUGGUUUAUCCUGUGAACAAUACCAAUCCUGGAAGAGAGAGAACGAUCCAGAGUAUCAGAAACAGGGCCUGGCUGGCUACUUGCGAGACAAUGGCAUUACCUGUCCUAACUGUCGCUUCCAGUAUGCGCUGUCUAAAGGGGGCUGCAUGCACUUUUGCUGCUCUCAGUGUCGUUAUCAAUUCUGCAGUGGUUGCAACAACCCAUUCCAUACUACCUGUGCCGUGGAUGAAUGCACUGUAUCUGGACUACAUGCCCAUCACCCCAGAGACUGUCUUUUCUAUUUGAGAGACUGGGAACCUUCAAGACUCCAGGCUUUAUUGGAGAACAAUGGUGUAGCAUACAAUACUGACCCCCCUCCUGGAACACAGACAGGGCUUUGUAGUGUGAUUGAGCAAAAGGAUGAUGGAGGCCAGCAGCCUGACUCAGCCUGUGGAGCACAAACCCAAACUGGUCAUGCUGGACUCUGCGAGAAGCAUUACAGAGAAUACCUGGUUAGCUUGAUCAACAGCUACUCCAUUGACCCAGCCCGACUCUAUAGUUCCAAUGAGCUGCUGCUGGCCUGCAGGAGGUAUAAGGUAGAUGAUACGCGCAUGGAUGGCGAGGAUACAUUCACCUACUACAGCAGACUGCUUGAGAAGCUGAUGGAGGAAGUACCACUGGGUGACAAGGUCCCAAGGAAAAAAUAG